AUGUCAACAACCGAGAACACAACAACAGUUAUAGUCCAUGAAGCUAUAAAUGAAGAAUACGAGUACAUACAGUAUAACAAACAGUUACGUCUCAUUCGUUCGGUCAAAGACGAUAUGUACCAGAUGCAAAGUAUUUUGAACGCUCUUCGUUCUACAAAGCAAGCAUAUCAUUGGUUUGAAAACCAACAGACAAAAGAACUUUUAGAAGAAUUUCCUCAUAUGUUUGCUACCCUCGAAAAACCGAGGGUAGAGAUUCCGUACGAAAAUCGCAAGAAUUUGGCUCCUGGUUUGAGAGGCUGGUAUGUACAUAGACUUCUUGUAAAUGCUGUUGCAAUGUGGGCUUCACCUCGUUAUGCUUGUUAUAUUUUCAUGAUGUUAGAUGAAAUUCAUAGACAAGAACGUGAAGAGAUGGAAAAGAAACUUCAUGCAAAAGAUGAAGUCAUUGAAUCCAAAGACAAAAGCCUUCAGAAAAGAAUACCACGUUCGGUACCAAAAGGAAAGGAAAAGAACUAUAAGUAUAUGAUUUAUACUGAAGAGAUGGAAAAUGAAGAAGACAGAGA